UGCUCUCCUUUCCCCUCAGUCUCCUGCCGUCUAGUCAGCCUGGGUCUCGCGCUCCGCAGAGCGGCACGAGUCGCUCCCGCCUCGCUAGUACGCCUCCGCGCGCUCUCCCUGAGCUCUCCCUGAGCAGCCACCGCGUAACCCACCCGCAGCUCGCCGCCUCCGAUCCGGGCUCGGGGUCGCGCGCCCUGACUCCGCCCCUUCGCCCCCCGCUGCGGACUCGCGCACUCCGGGCCCGGCCUCUCACUCGCGCAGGCCGCCGAGCGCUCGGCCGCCUCCCCCCACUUCCCCGCUCGCCUCACGCUCCCCGGCCGCUCUCGCUCUCGCGCUCUCCGAGGCGAGCGCGUUCCCGGCCCGCGCGCUCUGGGCUCGGGCUUCUCCAGGCUCCUGUCAGUGCAGUGACUGCGCUGGGAAACAUGGCGUCCGAGGGAAUGAUCCUCACUAACCACGACCAUCAAAUCCGGGUCGGAGUCCUCACAGUGAGUGAUAGUUGCUUCAGGAAUCUUGCAGAAGAUCGCAGUGGGAUAAAUCUCAAAGAUCUUGUACAAGAUCCUUCUUUGUUGGGUGGGACUAUAUCAGCAUACAAGAUAGUACCAGAUGAAAUAGAAGAAAUCAAGGAAACCCUGAUAGAUUGGUGUGAUGAAAAGGAACUUAAUUUGAUAUUAACAACUGGAGGAACAGGGUUUGCACCACGAGAUGUCACUCCAGAGGCCACAAAAGAAGUAAUAGAACGGGAAGCACCAGGGAUGGCCCUGGCAAUGCUGAUGGGAUCACUUAAUGUUACACCUCUGGGCAUGCUCUCUAGGCCUGUAUGUGGAAUCAGAGGGAAAACUCUCAUAAUUAACUUGCCAGGUAGCAAGAAAGGAUCUCAGGAAUGCUUUCAGUUCAUACUGCCAGCCCUACCUCAUGCCAUUGACCUUUUACGUGAUGCGAUUGUAAAAGUAAAGGAAGUGCAUGAUGAACUUGAAGAUUUACCUUCCCCACCACCACCUCUUUCCCCUCCUCCCACAACUAGCCCCCAUAAACAGACAGAAGACAAAGGGGUUCAGUGUGAAGAAGAGGAAGAAGAGAAGAAAGACAGUGGUGUUGCUUCAACAGAAGAUAGUUCUUCAUCACAUAUAACUGCAGCAGCCAUUGCAGCCAAGAAGCAUCCAUUCUACACCAGUCCUGCUGUUAUCAUGGCACACGGUGAGCAGCCCAUUCCUGGUCUCAUCAGUCAUUCCCAUGAUGCAACAGUCAGUGCAGAGGAACCGAUUCCAGACUCCAUCAUUUCUCGUGGCGUUCAGGUGCUUCCACGAGACACAGCCUCCCUCAGCACUACUCCUUCGGAAUCUCCUCGCGCUCAGGCUACAUCUCGCCUUUCUACAGCUUCCUGCCCGACACCAAAAGUUCUCUCAAGGGGUCCAUCAACCUCAGUUGAAACCCCUGAAAACAUCCUCAUUUUGCAGAUGAAGAAGCUAAGUCCCAUAGAGGUCCAGUCCAGGUGCAGCAGCAAAGAGAACAUUCUCAGAGCCAGUCACAGUGCUGUUGAUAUCACCAAGGUGGCUAGAAGACACCGCAUGUCUCCUUUUCCUCUAACAUCUAUGGACAAAGCCUUUAUCACAGUCCUGGAGAUGACUCCGGUGCUUGGGACAGAAAUCAUCAACUACCGAGAUGGAAUGGGGCGAGUCCUCGCUCAAGAUGUGUAUGCAAAAGACAACCUACCCCCAUUCCCAGCAUCGGUGAAAGACGGCUAUGCUGUCCGAGCUGCCGAUGGCCCAGGAGAUCGUUUCAUCAUUGGGGAAUCCCAAGCUGGUGAACAGCCAACUCAGACAGUAAUGCCAGGACAAGUCAUGCGGGUUACAACAGGUGCUCCAAUCCCCUGCGGUGCUGAUGCAGUAGUACAAGUGGAAGAUACUGAACUUAUCAGGGAAUCCGACGAUGUACGUCAUUACCAGGGCACCGAGGAACUUGAAGUACGAAUUCUGGUGCAAGCUCGGCCAGGCCAAGAUAUCAGACCCAUUGGCCACGACAUUAAAAGAGGGGAAUGUGUUUUGGCCAAAGGAACUCACAUGGGCCCCUCAGAGAUUGGUCUUCUGGCAACUGUAGGUGUCACAGAGGUUGAAGUUAAUAAGUUUCCAGUGGUUGCAGUCAUGUCAACAGGGAACGAGCUGCUAAAUCCUGAAGAUGACCUCUUGCCAGGAAAGAUUCGAGACAGCAAUCGUUCAACCCUCUUAGCAACAAUUCAGGAACAUGGUUACCCCACAAUCAACUUGGGAAUUGUGGGAGACAACCCAGAUGACUUACUCAAUGCCUUGAAUGAGGGUAUCAGUCGUGCUGAUGUCAUCAUCACAUCAGGGGGUGUGUCCAUGGGGGAAAAGGACUAUCUCAAGCAGGUGCUGGACAUUGAUCUUCAUGCCCAGAUCCAUUUUGGCAGGGUUUUUAUGAAACCAGGCCUGCCAACAACAUUUGCAACUUUGGAUAUUGAUGGUGUAAGAAAAAUAAUCUUUGCACUACCAGGGAAUCCUGUGUCAGCUGUGGUCACCUGCAAUCUCUUUGUUGUGCCUGCACUGAGAAAGAUGCAAGGCAUCUUGGAUCCUCGGCCAACCAUCAUCAAAGCCAGGUUAUCGUGUGAUGUAAAACUGGAUCCUCGCCCAGAAUACCAUCGGUGUAUACUAACUUGGCAUCACCAAGAACCACUACCUUGGGCACAGAGUACAGGUAAUCAGAUGAGCAGCCGUCUGAUGAGCAUGCGCAGCGCCAACGGGUUACUGAUGCUUCCUCCAAAGACAGAGCAGUACGUAGAGCUCCACAAGGGCGAGGUGGUGGACGUCAUGGUCAUCGGACGGCUAUGAUGGUCACCAGCAGGAGAAAGCUUUGAUGCAUGUCCACAUAUCAUUGACUGUAUCCUGUAAUAUGCAACGGCACAGCUAGUUUUUCUGAUUUGGAUAAAAGUUGAUCUGUAUAGUCAACACCUUGAACUAUAUUUCAAAAGAAUUUAAAUACCUUUUAAAGAAAAAAACACCUAAAAAUAAAUCUUAACAGACAGCUCUAUUCUAAUUCUAUCAAAGCAAAUUUUUCCUUUCUUGCAAAUUGCUUUGUGUGUUCAAUGCUAGGUCUGAUAGCGAUAGCUUUUAGUAGACAGCAGUAGGUGCCUGCAGAACUUGUGUUUUUCUCAUCUUUAAAAUACAACUACUUAUGCUCUUAAAUCAAGACUGUCUGCUUAUUUAUACUAGCGUAGGCGACACUUGGAUUUCCCUUCUUAGUAUGCUUCAUAACUGCUUUACAGAGAGCUUUUGCUUGUUCUUUAUCAUGUAUCUCGUGUUUAUGUGCACAGUGCCAAACAAAGAGUGACUGGAUGGUGGCCCUGCCCUGCCUCAAGGAGAAUCAUCCCCACAGAGUGUCCGGGGAGGGGGUCUCUCAUCCCAGUAGCCUCAUGGCACAGUACUCUUGGGCAGUAACUGGAUACCUUUUAUUUGAACAAACAAACUGGGGGGGAAAAAUGCUUCCUUAAGUGCUGACAGCCUUUUUAACCAAUACAUUUAAAAUUGUACAGAACAAAAAAUAAAAUCAAAGACUGAUCUUGUACAGAUAUUAGUGUUACCAGCAUUCAUGUGGAAAUCAAGAGCAAAGAAAAAACAAUGUUAAACAACUCUGUACCAUAACAUUUUCUGUAAUGAUACUGAAACUUAAUGAAUAAAAAAGAAAAUCCUUGAUCAUUAUUUAAA